AUGAGAACGUGGAGCGUGCUGCUACCGACCAUCGACCGAUGCAGCACCUUCUCGGCCUACUUCCUCUUACGCAAGGAAGAAAGGGAGAAGGAUGAACAUGCAAAUAUUUCUUCGUCAUCCGCACACAACUCUGCUAUUUCUCUUCUUUGUAGUAACGACUCGCUCUUUUGUCUUUUCCUCCUCUCCCGAUCUCAACUUUUCUUGGCUGGCUCGUAUUUUUGCCGUCGUGACACACACACACACACACACACACGAAGCUUCUUGUGUGUUACCGCUGUCCUGUGUAGCUCCCUUUUUCUUUUUUUUGCGAAACACAAAGCUGUGCAAGGCGGCUAUUACAGAUCCAAAGAAAACGAAACAGCGCAACACUUUUUGUUUUUUUUAUUGUGUUUCCAUACGAACAGCACAGUUCUGUCCAAAUCCGCCAUGUCUGUUGAGGAAGCCGCGCAGGAGGUGCGGCGCAUCCUACGGCUGAAUGAUAUCGAAGAGACCCUCCACUACCUCUCCACCGUCACCCGCAGCAUAGAGGCGAACCAGCACGACCUCCGCGCCGCCAUCGGUAGCUCCUAUCGCGAUUUGCUCGCCGCCUGCGACGGGGUUGUGGGGAUGGAGAAGGACUGCCAGGAUAUUCUAACCAUCGAGGCGGCGCUGGAGGGGCACACCACGCAGCAGUCCGCCAACACGGCAAGGUCGACAACCACCACCGUAACGCCUCUGCUGCCGCCGGCAUGGUUCGCGAAGCGGCAGAACCGCCGCCGGCCUGCUGCCGCGACGACGACCGGGAAUGCGGCAUCGAGCACACGAGGGAAGUCCACGCGAGAGAGCACGCCGCUGCUGUCGACGCUGUCGCAGUCCAAAGCGGCAGGUAAGUCCGUCCAACAGGAGGUUGCCACGGCGGAGCUGCCGAAGGUGGUGCUGCCCCUCUGCCUCUCCGCUACACAUAACGUCCCCACGCGAGAAGCGAGUCAAGCGCCUAGCGCGUGCGAGAGGCGAGAGGGCGAGGAUGAGGGAAACGAAAAGGCCACCGACGCACCGACCGCCUCACAUGAGGACCGCAUGCGGCUCGACGAUGAGCUGCAGGCACUGCACCAGCAAUACAUGACCGCCGCCACCACCGUGAAGUCGCCGGGAGGGGCAGCAGCGGACGUGCGGUUCGUCUUUGCUAUGCUGGCCGACAGCGGCAGCACGGAGGCACCACAUCGCGAAAAUGGUGGUGGUAGUAAGAAGAAUGCUGCUACUGCUGCGAUCAGCCUUAGCGGGUUAUCGGAAUCGGCCACGCAGAUGUCGGCCUCCGCUGGCUUUCCAUUGCAAUCCGUCGCCCAGCGACUUCAGCGGGUGCGCGAUGCGCUUGCCUUGCUAAGAAAAUCUCCGCCGCCGUCGCAUCCCGCGUCUGCCGUGGUGUCUGCUGCACCGACAUCCGCAACGAGUGGCACACGGCGUUCUGGCCAAACACCGGCGUGGGUCAUCAGCUUCCAACGCCGCGCCAACACGCUGGAAACGCGACUCGUGAAGCUGCUGCUGGCGCGCCUACGUCGUGCCGCGGACGCGUACGCGCAGCUGGUUGAGCAGCGUGCGCAUCUGGAGCAGCGCGCGAGGCGGUGGGCAACAUCGGCGUCGAUGCUGCUGUCGACGACGGUGGACGCCGUGGAAGCCGGUCGGGCUGCACUGCGUCCAUCGACGCAGCGAAGUACCGCGACCGCGGUCGACACGGAAAGAGAAAAGAACUCUCUGGAAAGUCGUCGCCGUGCGCUGCAGGCUGACGCCGAGCGUUGCGCCGUGUACCUGUGCGCGGUGCUGGCCGAGUGUCACGGUGUCCUGCGCGCCCUGUGCACGUCGCCCACGCUUCUCGGUGCCUUGGUGGCCUGCGCACCUGGCGUUGACCUGCCUCGCUCCACAGAAGGCGACACGAGCACUUCUGCAGAGGAUGCCGAUGGGCAUUUAUUCGGCACCGCAUCGUUGGAGAAGUCCGCAGACUCGCUGUUUUUCAUCGCCUCCUUAAAGACACGGGAGGUGGUGACGGCCAUUCUCUUUGAUGGAGGUGCGCCACUGGCGUCGCAGGACCAGCCACAUCCCCAGGAAAGACAUGCACAGGAGGAGGCCAGAUCGGCUGAUCCGGCGCGGUGGCUGCUGGCACUGGUGAGUGUGUUGCUUCUUCGAGAGGCGCAGGUCAGCGCAGCCCGCUGGAGCACUACCCUGCUGUCCGCCGGCACCGUCGCUGCUCUGCCCCACACAAACGACGGGAAGGCGGACACCGCAGCGGGCACCAACGGCAGUAUCCACCACGACGUGCAAAGCACCUGCCCUGCCGCGGCUCUGUCUGAGUACGUCUCCUCCAGCAGCUGCACCGCCCGCACGCAGGUGUUUGCCAACUCGGCCCUCCUCUCGGCUCUCGGGCUUUCCUCUUCUGUUUUCCCUUCUUCUCCUUCCGGCCCUGCAGCGUCGACAAGAGCAGCCAUCAACUCCGCUCGCACAGAGGCGGCUUUUGCAGGGAUGCCAAGUCUCGUGAUGUCUGCCGGCCCAGCCGCGGGUGUGGAACUCUCGAACACCGCCUGGGCUUUGCGGUGCUUCUCCGGGCUUCCGUUCCUCCUGCGCGGACUUGCGGAUUACAUCGAUCUCUCGAAGCCUUCGGUAGCGGCGGCGGCAUCAUCCGUGCCGCCAGAAGUUAGGGUGUUGAACUUCUUGAGAAGGGUGUGUAGGGAGAACGAGGCGUUGGGCAACAUCACCGACAUCAGCGGUGGAUGGAGUAUGUUCAGCGGAGUGCAUGCAGACGGCGGCGGAGUUACCGUCCAACGCGGCGGCGGCGGGGGAGCGCAUUCGCUGGAGGAGUUGCUGGCGUGGCGGUUGAAGGGCCCAGGCGGUCUAGCGAGGGACCCGACCGCCGACGCGGCGGGCACGCCUUGCGAUGCGCGCAGCUUCACCCUGAACAGUCCUCUGGCGGCUGCCUUCGACAAUCCCACCUCGCCCCCUGGCCCCCCCUCGCCGUGGAACAGGGAGCCGAACACGCCAAGCCCGACCAUCCCACCCGCCGCAGCAGCGAAGACCACUCCGGGGAAGCAGCUGAGCAGCCUGCACGCCAUGUCGCAGUACGGAGCAACGCUUCCAGCCGCGACGCGGUGCCGCGUGUGUGUGGCGGCGCUCCGUGCCAGCCUCGACACCGUCACCGAGUUGAACGUCGCCGGAGCUGCGCGCACGACGCGGCUUGCAGCGUCCUCGCAGCAGACGUCAAACAACAGUGCUGCUGCUGCUGUGCCCCCGCGUCCGGCUGAUGUCGCGCUGCUGCCCUCCACCACACUCGAGUACGCCGCCCGCGAACUUCUUGUGCCGCUCAUCUCGUCGUUGGUCAUGGGGCUCGCGCGCGAUCCGGUGGCGAUGGCGGAGUUCGGCGCCUACGCAGCUCAGCAGGACACGCGGGCCGCUUCGGAAGGGGAAUCUACCGAGGCAUCAGCCCUUCCGGCGUCUUCCUCUUCGUCGCUUGCCGCGGUGCUGCUGGCAGGCGGUUCACAAGAAGGCAGAACUGUACCAGGCCUCGGCGCGACGUCUGUUGGCACAACGUGGAAGCGGAUCACGUCGCAGCUGAACUUGGCGCAGACGCGACGCACGGCGCUUCACGCAGCGCUGCAGCGCUGCUUUACGGUGGCGCUGCACUCCGUCAGCUUUGUCGAGGACUGCCUCGUACGCGGCCUGAUCGGCUCGACCCGUUCCCUGGCCGUGUUGGAUGGUGAAAGGAACGAGAAGAACAUCACGGAGGAGGCGGCGGUGGUGGGCGAGGAGGCAAACCGCCGGCACGACAAGACAUCUCCCGUAGCGGGCACAGCGUGGUCGUUGGAGCAGCUCCAACAAACGUGGGCGGCGCUGAGCGACGUGAUGCGGCGACACACACUUCAUCUCGCGCACACCGACUCGGUGCCUCGCAGUGCCGACGACGCCGCGGCAACGACGCUGGAGCACAAACCGCAUAAAUCGCGCGGCGGCACCACCGCAGACGACACUAUGUUCAAUGGCUCCUCCAUCGCGAGGGGGAGCAGCGGCCGGGUUGGCUUUGCGUCGAGCGCGGCAGGCAUUGACUGGCAUCGCUUCCGAAGCUCUGCCGCUGUUACUGCUUCCGCCGCCGGCGGUGGUGGCGGGCUCCUGAACGGCGCUCGUCGUGGUACGCAGCCUGGGAACACCGAGCAGGGCGCGAACUCCGCGACGUGCCGCGGCGCAGGCGACGGUCCUUUCCGUGAAGAGGUAUUGCAGUGGGGGCAGGCCGCUCUGCAGGCGGCAGACGUACUGUCCUUUCUCGCCCAGAGCGGCGAAGGCGUUGCGAAGGGCGAAGCUGCCGUGCUGAGUCGUGCACAGCAGCAAGAAGUGAUGACCGUCCUUGGUGGUUUCGGCCGCCGCCUCUUUCCCCAGUGGCGGGCGCCGUUGCCUGCCUCACCGGGAGAGGAAGCAGCAGCAGCCGCAUCGUUCGCGCAGAAGGAUAAGAGUGAGGACUUCGAAAGUGACGGGGCGAUGACAGGCGGAAUCGCGUUGAACGGUCAUGCGGCGGAGCUGCUUCAUCGUUGUCUACAGACGCUUGUGGCCGCCGUCGCUGCCUUUGGCGCGUCUGCCACUUCCAACGAUGAUCCUCGCAGCCACCACGCUGACGGCGUUGCUUCGCUGGGAAGUGAGGACGGCUCUUCUUCGUCUUCUGCAUCUCUUGACACGCUUCUUUACUCUCGCGUGGUUCGCUGGCUGGCGAACUCGCUAGCGCGCAUCGAGGCGCAGCUGCGAUACCUGCCUCGAACUUCGUCGCCUGCGCUGCCCACGCCGGCGGAGGUGGUUCACGGCUACGAGGCGUCCUUGGUGCUGCGCGUGUACCACAGCGUGCUACGUCAAUUGGUGACUACCGCUCUACCGCCUGGGAGCGCGGCCGCCGCUGGUGGAGAGGUGCGCCGGCUGUGCGAGCGGACGGCGGAGCUGUAUCGCACAACGAACAGUCUGUGGCAGGAGGUGUUGCUGCGCUACUAUACGGACGCUCUUCGACACCACUACGACGUGCAGCCGCACAUGGAAGACAACAGCAGCGACGGCGGCGGUGGCAAGCAAGCGUACAAGUCACCUCGUCGGUUGACUGGAUUGGUGGACCCGUCAUCGUGGAUACGGGCUACCAUCACAGGUGACACCCCCACGCCGUCGACGUUGACUCCAUCAGCAGCAGUGACAACAGCGAGCAGCAACGGUAGGCAUCACAGCAGCCGAGGCGUGUCGUACCCUGCGGUCCCCACACCCGCGCUCACCGCCGUUGUGCAGCGGACCCUGCGACUGCUGCAUCACGCACUGUACGGGAGGGCAACGGUGUACAGCAGCGAUGACGACGGAUUGCUCGUGGGUGGCGGUGCCGCUAACGGAGUGGACGGAGGACGAGGAAGCGAGGCCGCCGGUGGACCCGACACCGUCGGUGCAGUCUUCGGCACACCCUGUGGGUGUGUGACGCAUCAGCUGGUGAGUCCGCAGGAGCGUCAGCACGUACUUCAUCAGCUGUCGCACGUCACGGCAGAUCUAUUUGAGCAGGAGCUGCUUCCUUUGCUAAGCGCGUCUUCCUCUUCGUUUGCCUCUGCCGCUGAUGCCACCACCACCACGACCUCCAUCACCGCCCGCGACAGCGGCGGCGCGUCGGGCUCGUCGAGUGACGCUGAUGAUGUACGCCUGCAGUGGCUGAUGGACGUGCUGUUCCUCUCCUCCGUGUGGGCCACCUCCCCCACGGACAACAGCCACCACAGCAGCGAGAAAAACGGCUCUCAUGACGGCGGUGCCAGUCUCUUCGACACGGCACCUUCGAACGCCAACACGUUCCCGUCAAAUGGCGGGGCGGAUCUCACGCGGUACGUCGCGGCGGGGCCGCUGCGGCGUAUUGCGGUGCUGCUCGAGACGUCGUGCGACCGCCUUCGCUGGCGCAGUGCCGUACCCCUGGUGAUGACCGCGUAUCGGCAGUUCCUCUCCGCGAGUGCCGCACUGUGGGUAGCGCGGGCGGAGCACGACGCAGAGGAAGUAGUCGGGUUCGACGAGACGAAUCGAGGCGCGCCGCGUGACGCGGGUGGCGCCGACAGAAGGAAUGGUGACGAGAUCACUGUGGCAUCGGUGGCCCUCGCAGCUGCGAUGAGGCCCCUCGUGGUGGACUACCCCGACGUAACCGGUGGGGGUCUUGUGUCGCCCACCGAACGCCUGCUGCAGCCGCGUGAGCGUGUGGAGCGGCUGGCGUUGUUGCCGAUUGCCGUAUCGAACGCGGCCGUUGUGGCUGCUGCCGCUGCUGCCGGUGCGACGGGGAACGCAGGUGUUGGUUCCAUGAACCCGGCCGCUUACACGAUCCCCCCUCCCACCGCCGCAAGCUUGAAUCCGUAUCAAGCGCUCUCUCCUGUAGCUUCUACCUCCAUUAUGUCCACGUCAGCCUCUGCUGCGGGUGGACUAACGGCGGCGGGCGGUCUCAGCUAUCGUAUGUCGGGCCCGGGUGCAUUGCCUCCUUAUAUGGGCCCGGCGGGCGGGUCGAUGUUUUAUGAGGGCGCGUCCGGUGCUGGAGGAGUUGGAGCAGGAGGAGAAUCAGGAAGAGGCUCUGCGGCGAUGCGCGGUGCGGCAGGCGCAGGGGCGAGUUCAGCUGCCGCCGCCGCGAGUUCGCUGUGGGACACGACGCAGCGUGGGUGGAGUCAGCUGUGGGGAGGUCGAACGGAGUAA